GGGAAAUCUGGUCCCACAGAAUAGCGCAGUAGUACAGGGAGGGAGCCCAGGAUGUCCACAACCGUCUCUUUUGCCUUACAGUAUCGGAGUGUUAUAUCCAGCUCCACGCACACUUGUGAACAGUGUACUUAUCAACGAUUCCCAGACUGGGAGUCAGCAUUCACCCAGAGUGACCCGGAGCAGGCUACUGGUUUGCAGUGAGCCUGUAGCAGGGCUGGACUGCCCUGUGCGGGGGAUCUGUCUGGCCCAGCAGCACCUGGCAGAGGUAUGGAAUCGGAGAACAGGAUGGACUGCAUACGGGACAGACAGCAGCAGACUGUGCUGGAGCCGAGAGCCACGGGCAGCACACAGCUGGACACAUCUGGACAGACAGACACACACCAACACAGAGGAAGGAGAGGAAGACAGAGCCUCAAAGCCUGCCACUGAGCUGGACUCCUGCCGCAUUCCCGAAGAAAAAGUAAAGGACUCCAUCGGCUGACGAAGACCUGCCCGGAAGAGCUGCACCAAUGGUCACGCCUUCAGCGAGGGGGGCUGUGCUCCUGCUGCUCCUGAUGCUGUGGGGUGCCCUGGGCCAAGCCAUGAAGCUGCGGGAGCAGCCUCUCCCCGCAGCCAGGAGACAGGCGUAUGAGGUUGGAGACCUGCUGGCCAUCAGCGUCCUGGACCGAGGCAGAGCGCUGAGCUCCCUGCUGGACGCAGUGCCGGUCCCUGUCAGCGCCCGGGUGAGCCCUCGGAAACGGACUCAGCACCGAGCAUCGGUCGCGGCCCCCAAGAGGAACCCACAGGGGACAUGGUUCUCCCUCUCCCUGGACGUCCCCACCAGUAUCCUGAGCAUCCUCAUUGACCUGGCAAAGGCCAAGGAGCUCCGGGCCAAGGCCGCUGCCAACGCAGAGCUCAUGGCACGCAUCGGGCGCCGGAAAUGACCACAGGGCUGGAGACUUAGGGACAUGCGGAACGAGGGUGGCAAAGGGGUGACGGGGAUAGUGGGAAACUGGGGCGCUGAUAUACAGAGCCCUGCCCAGUGAACAUGAGCUGCUUUGCUCUGGACAAUACUAAGCAAAAACGUAGCAGCCAGUAACACAGCUGGACUUGUACAGCCUGCAGGCAGGUACUCAGGAUCAAAGGGGAAGCGUGUUGAGAAAAGUGGAUAAUUCUACUGCCCUUGAAGCUGCAUGUUUUAAAAUGGGCUCUGUGCACGUUUCAUAAAACUCUAAUCUUUCUGUACUACUCUGGCACACACUUCAGGACAGGAGCAAGGGGCUCUUUAUUGGACUACUGUAUAAUAUAUAUAUAUUUACUGGUCCAUUAGUUAUUGAAUUAAACCUGUUACUCCAUGCAGUGUUGGGUAUCUUUUUAGUG